AUGACGGAUACGCCAUCGGCUCUCAGUGCGCGGCUGUCGACGCGACUCAGCGGCACGAAGCGCCCGCGCGAGUCGCUUAUCGAGUUCCGUGUGAAGGACAUCAUGGAGUCGCUUGGCGUGAGCGAGGAUUACUUGGUAUUGGGCAUCGAUGAGGCAGGUCGAGGUCCCGUCAUCGGCCCCAUGGUCUACACCGGCGCUGUCAUUUCGCUGGGUGAGCACGACGACCUUGUGCGGUUGUGCCAUGUGGCAGACAGUAAGAUGCUUAAUGAGCGACGCCGACUCGCCUCCCUGCAGCAGCUGCGCCAGCUCAAGACGUUCCGCUCCUUCACUGUGUGCGUCUCUCCCGAGGAAAUCUCGAAGACCAUGACAGGCCGUAGCGGCCGUAACUCGAAUACGCUGAGCCACGAGACAGCCAUUCAAAUCAUCUCCGAGGCAACGCUGGCCUCCGCUGGCAAGCUCUGCGCCGCAUACGUAGACACUGUCGGUCCACCUGAGACGUACCAGGCGCGCCUGGCUGGCCGUUUUCCUCACCUGCGUGUAACCGUUGCAAAGAAGGCCGACUCCAUAUUCCCAAUUGUGUCCGCGGCGUCUAUUGUUGCCAAGACGGUGCGAGACACCGCCAUCGAGGCGCUCGGCGAGAACAUAGGCAGCGGGUACCCCAGUGAUCCUCGCACGAUGGAGUGGCUGCGGUCGCACGUGCAUCGCUUUUUCAGUUUCCCGCACGCCUAUGACUUUGCGCGGCACUCGUGGGGGCCUCUCGUGCAGCUUGCCAACGACCCGGCGGUGCGCGUGCCCGUGGUGUGUGAGCAGGAUCUCGAGGGGGCGAGACAGCAAGGGCGCGGCGGCGACAGCCGGCAGCAGAAGCUCAGCUUCGCGAAGCCCUCGCCGAAGCGGCACAUGGUGUAG